AUGGGGUCCUGGUACGGGCCGGUACAGAGUGUCUGUGUGCGCAGCCUGGAGCCGCUGCGGUCGUACGCGGGCGAGGACGUGCGCCUGUCGCUGCCGGGCGGGCGCACCGUGUUCGACGUGGACUGGCUGGCCGUGUAUGACGUCACGCGCGGCGCGGCGCUCGCCUCCGUGCUGGUGCCCGACCAGCUCAACGUGCCGCCCGCAGACACGCACCUGCACGACCACAGACUCCCCGACGGACGCACCGUGUUCGACGUGGACUGGCUGGCCGUGUAUGACGUCACGCGCGGCGCGACGCUCGCCUCCGUGCUGGUGCCCGACCAGCUCAACGUGCCGCCCGCAGACACGCACCUGCACGACCACAGGUCCGCGCUGCCGCACUGCAAGCAGCUGCACAGAGACCUGCAGGUGUCGUGGGAGGUGUUCGGCAACCAGGUCACGUUCCAGCUGGCCGGCAUGGUGGCGGAGGACGAGUACAUGGCGUGGGGCGUGUCGGGCUCCAGCAGCCGCUCCCAGAUGCUGGGCGCUGACGUGGCCGUGACCAGCUUCGACCCGGCGCUGCAGCGCGGGCUGGCCACCGACUACAACAUCACUGCGCUGACGCCGUGCGUGAUGGUGCUGGGCGCGUGGCGCGGCGUGUGCCGCGACGAGCGCGUGGCGGGCCAGGACAACAACCAGGUGUUCACGGCGGGCCGGGCGGCCGGGCUCACCACCGUGACGUACCGGCGGCAGCUGGCGCCGGCCGAGGACAUGGACCGCGCCUGGCCCACCGAGCGCGACGUGUUCGCCGUGUGGGCCGUGGGCGGCCUGGACGCGGCGCGCGACCCCGCCUACCACCGGCUGUUCCCGCGCCGCGACGUGCGCCUGCGGCUGGCCGCCGACCCGCCCACCGACGACUGCGUGCCCUUCGCCAUGCCCAAGGCGCGGUCGGUGUCGGGCUGGGAGCGCGCGCAGCUGUUCGACCCCGCGCUGCGCGUGUUCUCGUUCCGCGUGGGCGAGGCGGGCGGGGCGCGGGGGCUGGCGGCCCGGCGCCGCGCCGCGCCGCGUCUGGCCUGGUACGUCAACGGACAGCUGGCGCCCGACCUGCAGCUGCGGCGCGGACUGACGUACACGGCCCAGGUGUGGGGCGGCGACGACCCGCACUCGGCUGACCUGUACCACCCGCUCGUGGUGACGGACGAGCCGCGCGGCGGCCUGGAGCGUCUCACUGACGCCGAGCAGCGCCGCGUGCGCGUGCUGGCGGGUGCGCGACACACGCUGCGGGGCCGCCUGGCGCCGCUGGUGGCCGGGCCCGCGUGUCCCGCGCUGCUGGCGCCCAACGCAGGCGCGGACCUACGGCGCGACGCGUGGGACACGUUCCGCUCCUUCAACCGCUCCCUGCGCUGGACGUGCGAGGGCGAGGCCGCCGCGCGCCCCGCCCAGCUCGUGUUCACGCCCAACUCCACGUGGCCGGACAUCGUCUACUACAACUCCUUCACGCACUCAGACAUGGGCGGCCGCAUCUUCGUGGUGGACCGUCACCGGCGCCCCUCGCGCGCCGCGGCCCCCUCGCCCGCCGCCGCCCGCUCGCUGGUCGGCGCGCUCGCCCUCUCGCUCGCACUCAACAUACUCCUUUGACGAAGAGAAAACCUUGAUCAAAAAAGAAUUACUCGGUAGCAAAUGUAACUCAGUAGUAUCUCGCCAUCUGGUCUUGUGUCGCCGUCGUUACACUUGUGACGUUAUUUUGUUUGUGUGUCGUAACCACAGAUCAGGCCGCUCUUUUCCUAAUCAUAAAUAAAAUCUAUGUUAGUAAAUUCAACAUUAAUAUUAUGCGUAUACAAUGCGUUUAGACUAAUUUUAAAGUAUAUAUUUUGAUUUUCAUCUACUGAAAAAAUUUAAUUCCAUAUUAAAUGAUCUUCCUGUAUACCGUGCAGCUUCUCUCCAAUAUCUAAAAUUAAUUUGCCCUUUGCAAAAAAUCUUCGACCAAAUGUUGGAAUUUAUGUCUAGCUCGACCUUCCCAACUCGUUCAUCCUCAUAAUCUCUGUAUGUGCAUAACAUCCCUCUGUUAUGUCACAUUUAUUUAAUCUGUGAACUUCUAAUCAGCUCCACGUGUUCGACACACGGCUCUCAUUUGUUUCGUCGCAGCCGAUACACGAUGUGAGAAUGAAUUGUCAUGUUGGCAGCUGUAUGUAGUCUGUAAGGCUUUAAUGUAAUAUCUGAAUAUUGUCUGUAGUUGAUGAAAGCGUUCUGUAUGAUCUAUGAGCCAUGUAUAUAAAUAAAAUGUUAUAUGUUUACUGCUUGUAAUUUAGCAAAUCUUCGUUAUUAUUCUCAUAUAGAGAAUCUGAAUCUCAACCGAGGUAAUACUCACUUAAUUAUAGUAUUUUUCUGUUUUAAUAUUUUUUCAAAGUAUAUCUACUCUCCGUCCAUUAGUAUUAAUGACACUCCGUUAGGUAUCACAUAACUCGUACUACAUAUGUGUGAUGUAUAUUACAAUAUGUCCUAUGCCAGGUGGACUCCGAGGGAGACAGCUCCGACCAUCUCCAAUUAUUUCAUAAAUUCGUUGUGGCUAGUUCAUCAUUUUGAAUCUAAUAAAAAUAAAUGUCAUGUGUAGGAUGUACGAUCUGGAUUCUAGCCUCAAUUUGGUAAACCUUACCAAUACCUGAUUAUAAUUGUAAGUAAGAAUUAUACAAAUUGUUGUCGUGGUUGUAAAGCUGUACAUCUUGUAAACGCUUAGACAUAGAUAUAUAUGUGGUGACAAUUAAUAAUUGACAAUAAUGUAUAUAAUUGCAAUGAUAAUUGUAAAUAAGAUGUUAUCGUAUACACAGAUCUCCGCGUGCAUCUCGUAGUGCUUAAUUAUAGUAACACUUUGUAUUUGAUGUUAAAUAAAAACAUAAUGUGUA